ACCGAUCAACGGCCACAUCGGUUUGACUUCUCCAAUCGGUUCGCCGGCACUCGAGAUCAUUUGACUUGAUUAAAUCACACGUGCAAACAACUGUGUAACCGUACGCCAGAAGAACAAUCAGCUGAAUUUUUCACCGUAUUCGGCACCAUGGUCACGGUUUGUGGCGAAAAUAGUGCCAUAGUAGCGAUCGUGUGGCUGACCAUUGCCGCAGCGGCAGUCAAGUGUCAUCCGGCCAUGUUAUCUGAAACGGCUGCAUCGUCUUUGGAGACAGUAGCUCGACCUACCCGACCCAAAACUUUUGGUUCACCCGGAGAACUGCGCACUUACUUGGAUCAGCUCGGUCAAUACUUGGCCGUCGUAUCUCGACCUAGAUUCGGCAAGAGGAAACAGUCAACUGUACCGAGUAAGUAUUACUUGGGAUCGGACCAGCAGCGCAGUGCAUUCGACAGCAGCACCGAACAGGAACCCAUUUACCCUCCUACAAUUCGUAACGCCAAGGACCUGUAUCAGUUACUAUUCGGACCGAGGCACGUGGCUUAUGGUUACCUGUUACGUCAACAGCAACAACCUCAACAGUAUUUCGGUGAUUUCCAAGAUUCGCCUACCGCUGGAGGAGCGGACCAACGUAUGCCUUCAGUCGCCGGCAGUGCCAGUAAUAAUGGCGUUGGUUAUUGAUAGCAAAAUAGUCCAGUUACAUAUUAGUUAAUCUCUAUUGUAGACAGUAGUUUUAAAUUAAUACAAUAUUAAUAUUCGUUCACCGAUUUAUGUAAAACGUUUAAAAAAUAAUUAAAAUUGUAUAUCAUAAAAAAAAAUAGUAAGUGCACGAAUAUAAAAAUAUAAUACAUUAUUAUAGUCAAGUGACAAUUUGUAUUUUAAAAUAUCA